UCUUCUUCGUCUUCCUAUAAAAACAAGUUUAAACCUCGAAAAUCCGAGGAUUGGACUUCUUAUCGGGAGAUCAUUCAAAGUCUUUACCGCGAUGAUCAUUUGAAGCUUCGUGAUGUGAGGCAAUAUAUGCUCGAAAAUUAUAGCUUUGAAGCAUCAGAAAAACAAUACAAAGACCGCCUGGCUGCGUGGAAUGUUCGCAAAAACAUCAAGGCCAAAGAAGUCCAUAUCAUGCUCCGCAAGCAACAAAGGCGAGCUGCAGAGGGCAAGCGGACGGCGUUUCGAGUGGCUGGCAAGACGGUCGACACGAAGCGCAUCUCCCGCUUUGUCCGUAGAUAUGGCACCCACUGGGAAUUGGAUGAUGCUCGUGAGAGCGUCCAUCCACAUACCAUCCACCCGAGCACCCCUACAGACAUCGAAUACUACACACCGGAGCCCGAUGAGAGAGCUAUGACCCUGUCGCCCUCGACCGAAACGCCAUCUCACGAUGAAAAGCUCAAGCUCGAGCCACUCCCCGAGCCGGAAGUGGACCAUGCCCAACCUCUACCGGUUUCACCUACUCCCUCCGCGCCACCCAAGCCGCUAUCCAACGCCCUCCCUGACGAAGACUACUGGAAAGCGCUCGAUGUGUUUCAAGGCCAACUCUUGACUCUGUCCAGGACGCUUGACCAGACCAUGUCUCAAUUCACUUCUCCGCAUGACGAU